UGUCAGUUUUGUCAAUUUUGGGAUUUGACAAAAAGGGGAAGUAAAAAGGAUACUGUUUUUAAACAAAUAAUUAAAUUACACCAGCAAUAUACCAUUAUUAAUGUUGAAGAAAGAAAAAUCUAAACUACAAGAAAGUUAGAAUGCAGAAAAUGACAAGAGAUUACGAUCAUUUAUUUAAAUUGCUAAUAAUAGGAGACAGUGGUGUGGGAAAAAGCUCCUUACUGCUAAGGUUCUCAGAUAACACAUUCACUGGCAGUUAUAUAACUACAAUAGGCGUAGAUUUUAAGAUAAAAACAGUUACUGUCAAUGGUGCGAAAGUGAAAUUGCAGAUAUGGGACACUGCUGGUCAGGAAAGGUUCAGGACAAUAACCAGUACCUACUAUAGAGGUACGCACGGAGUUAUAGUAGUAUAUGAUGUUACUAGCGGUGAGAGCUUUGCCAACGUAAAGAGGUGGCUUCACGAAAUUGAACAAAAUUGUGAUUUAGUUAAUAAAGUAUUAGUUGGAAAUAAAAAUGACACUCCAGAUCGAAAAGUGGUGCUGACAGAGGAUGCCCAAAGGUUCGCAGACACCAUGAACAUCAAGUUAUUUGAAACAUCAGCAAAAGACAAUGUGAAUGUAGAAGAAAUGUUCCUAUCGAUAACGAAAUUAGUGUUACGCUCAAAGUUGGAGAUGCAAGAAAGGCAAAACAUCCAUUCAAACGAUACAGUCAAUUUAAGGAAAUCUAACAAACAAGGAAGGAAGAAAAAUUGUUGUUAGCCUAUAAACUUUUUAUAUUGCAAUUGUGUGUGGGUGUAUAGAAGAAUGAAUGGAACAAUAUAUCUGUAAGGUUUUUUUUUUAAAUUGGUACUGUUUUGUUUGUAGUUUGACAUAUCUUACAUAUACACUAAGCGCCACCCUAGUAGACACACUGGUACGUGAUUGCUAGGGUUGGGCUAAUCCGGCGCAUUCUCAUCUGUGGCUUUCAUGUCUGUCAUGUCAUGUGACUGUCAUAAAACUAUUCAAAAUAAUUGUUUUUCCAUACAAAAAAUACAUUAUUAGUAUUGUUACUCUGCUUUAAAAAAACUUUAUUCAAACACCAACAAUAGUACAAUACUUUAUAACUUUUACAACUUAUAGACGGAGACGCAGCGCUGAAAAAUCUCUUUGAAUUUACUAAAGUUAAAUUUUUCACAGCUGAUUACUGUGAUUGUGUAGAGAAACAUACUGCGGUCGCUGAAACGAAACGUAGAACAGGGGUUACUGAGAGAUUUUUUUUGGACACCCUGUUUAAUUAAUCAUGUUAAUGUUUAUAUUACUGAAUAGGGAAUUGAAUAACCUUUCAAAUGAGCUAGCACUCGACCCCUAUUCCCAUUUAAAAAAAUAGUCGUCAUCACGCCCAAAUGGAUGACGUCACUAUUCUCUAGCCGCUGAAACGAUGGACUGAUCACGUGAACGGCACGCACUCUAAAACGUUCAUCUCCCGAUGUUAUCACUUUUCCUACGUUUACACACCGCUCAACAAAAGCGAAAACUCUCGCUAUAAUAAUAUAUUUUAUAGGGUUUGUUACGGGUUAUUGAUUAACAUUAAAUUUAAACAUAUCGUCCGUUCGGAUGAAAACUGUACAAUCUCAAAAUUUACAAACUUUUCAGGAGAGCAUUUUUAAGAUUUAUCGGUAAAUAAAAUUUUCCACAAUAAGCAUUGGCAGGUUUUUGUUUUAGUUUGUAUUAGUUGUAUCUUUUAUCUUUUAUAUGUCGAAACAACAUGAAAAUAUUUCAACCAUAUAAAUAAUAAUAAUAAAACAAUUUUUUUUAAAUAAGAUGUUUUGAAUUUUGCUACUUUUUUAGAGAAAAUAUUAUUAAUUUCCAUUAUUAUACAGCUAUUUAAAAAGUACUAUUAUGAUAAAACAGGGUAUGUUCAAUGAAAAACUAGGCUUAUAAGCAAAUUUUUAUUCUCAAAAAUAUUAUAACAAAUAGUAGGUAAUAUGUCACAAACCUUACAAUGAAAGUUAGUCUUAGAAAUGGGUGCACCGAAGGCAAAACCCUUUAUUUAACAAAAUCACAUUUACUAUUAAAUACAAACAAUCAAUUAAGUAAAAACAAAUUAAAAGGAACAGGAAAGUUUUUCAAAGAUUUCCAUAGAAUCCAAGAUGAUAACCUGGAAUGGUUUUCUUUUGCAGUAAACCCAAUAAACCAUUUUUCUUUUGCUCUGAAAAUUUAUCUGAAACAGUAUACAAUUACGGAAAUAUACUAUUACACUGAUAAAGAUUACAUCAUAUCCCAGUAAAUUUUUUCACGAAAACUAUACAAUUUCAAAAUUAUAUGAUUUUAAAUAGAAGAAUAUUUGAAAAUAUUAUGAGAAAAGUUAAAUAAAUUCGAAAUUAUAUACUAUUAAUGAAACACAAAGCUUACCUUCAAGUUGACAUUUUUGGUUUUGUAUACUCUUUAAGCGAAACAGCGUGCGAACUUCCUCGAUUCGUGAACACAACUAAAGAUUGUACCGUUUUAGAGAGAAAGAGAUGCACAAUCCUUCCAAUUUAAAACUAACCAAUGCGCUCCCUAGCGGAUAUUUCUUGAAUUACGAUUGAUUGUCACUAUUCCAGAGAAAAUAUUGAUGAUACUGAGCAUUUCUAUAUACUUAACUCAAUUUCGUAAAAAUUUGGAGAUUGUAUACUUUUCAUGCGAAGAGACGAUAUAUUGGCUUUUGCGUAUAGAUUUAAAAUCUAAAUUUCAAUUUUUAUAUAUAGGGUGGACAAAUAAAAAAGUUUAUAUAUGUUAAAAGUAGUAAACUUAAAAGAAAUAAGAGAUAAAUUCGGUUUAUAAAUUUGAUGGAAGGCGAUUCGUUUGAAUAGAAUAGAAUAUCUUUAUGCGUAAUAAUCGGUUGAAAAACAAAUAUAUGAUUUAAAUGAUUGAAAAACACGUUUUUGUUUCGAUGAACUUUGUAAAAUUUAAAUUUAGUAAACUUUAGUAAAAUUUAAAAUUAAUAAUUGUAAAAGUAAAAAGUUUUUUAUAAGUGUUCAUUAUUACACCUUUUCCUCAACAGUUAAAUGUCUUUUUUUUAUCUUUUUCGUGGAGGUGAAAGAGUGUUUCCAUCCAUAUUUAAUAAACGUAACACACAAUUAAUAAUACUCGUUAAUAAACGUAAAACGCAAUCCACAAAAAUUGAAUACAAAUUAAUUUACGUACGCGUAAAUUCUACACACAAUUUUGAGCAAUGCCCGACUGCCAACAAAAAAAUUCACAGCCAGCGGAAAUGCAAAACACAAAUAAAAAUAAUGACCGUGUAAACAGUUUCUUAGAAGGUCUAGUUACGGAGGGCCUGUCGAUGUUUGCAUCGACUGAACAUGCAACCUUCGAUUCCAUCUUUUAGGCGGCUCCACUAUAGUACGAUAUAUAUGUCAAAAAACCAUAAUUUAAAAAUCGAAUAACUUUUGUAUUUUACAUUGUUUUCUAAUUCUGUAAAUAAAGCAGUUUACAUGGGGGUCAAAAUAUAGUGAAUAACCCUGUACAUUCACUGGGGCCGACCGAACGGCUCUGUCCCGUCAUACAGCUGACCGACUAUAAUAACUUUUAUUUAUAUUUAAUUUAGAAUGUGUGUACUGAUUUUCAGCCUUAGUAAAUGGAUUUAAUUAUCUUCGUAGGAAAGCAACUUUGAUACCCUCUCAGUAACCCCUGUUCUACGUUUCGCUUGACCGACCGCAGUAUGUUUCUCUACACAAUCACAGUAAUCAACUGAAAAAUCUAGCUUUAGUAAAUUUAAAGAGAUUUUUCAGCGUUGCCUCUUGGACUAUUAUGACAACUAUAAACUUCAAAAAAUACAACUGCUGUUCUAUAGACUGUCAACUUUCUAUAUUUAUAUUGGUUUCUAUACAUUUUCUGACGUUCUAGACGUCAGUAGAUAUAAAAGUAAACAGUACAACAAGUGAAGGGUCCAGGACUGUAUUAGCUUAACGUACCCGUGUGUCUAGUAGCAUGGCGGUUACUGUAUAAAUAGUAUGCUAGCCGAUAAAAAGAGAAAGAAAGAAGAAUUAUUUUCACAAUUAACUAUUAUACAGGGUGAUUCAUUAACAAUAUCCAAUCUCUCUGUUGUAGAUUCUAGACCUCAAAAUAUGGUGAUUUUGCCCAACGUGUCUUAUACAAAUACUGCUAGUUUCUCUGAGAUACCGGGUGUUUAAAGUUAUCUGGAUUUUUUUGUAUGUUCUCACAAUUUCUAUUUAAAAAUUGACAAUUUUACGUUAAAAAAAUAUUUUUAUUUGACAACCAAGUGUAGCUAGCAUCCUCUAUAAACAAUGUCAAAUUAGAAUCUAAAUUAGUAAUCCUCAUACCAAAAAAACGUAUAAUUGUCAAUUUUUAAAUAGAAGUUGUGAAAAUACACAAAAUUAUUACGAAUACUUUAAACACACUGUAUCUCGGAACCUACCAAUAUUUUUGUAUAAGGUACCUAUGUUAGGCAGAAUCAUCAUAUUUAGAGGUCUAGAAUCUACAACUCAAAAGAUUGGACAUUCUUAACGAAUCGCCCUGUAUAUUAGACAAAGAUAUUAGAAUUCAUUAUGAGAAAUAACAUAUUUGUUGUACAUAUUUUGAAAUAUUUUUUUGAUAAUUUGAUAAUAAGUCAUAAGUAGAUCUUUGUCUCAAGAAAUAGGUUAUUUUAUAGGUACUACAGUAUAGAAAUCAAAUCACUAUGCAAUAUUAUUUAUUUUCUAUUCUAAAACUCAUUGAAUUUUGUCUUCUCUCAAUUUCAUUAUCAUAAUAACAUGAAAUAUUUCCCAAAAUAAAUUACCAACAACACUACUGUUUAGAGAUAUCUUAAAAUACAUUAUCUAAUGUAGAUUUUUGUGUGUUUUGUCUGCCAUAACUCCAAUGCAAGUUAUACAGUAUGUCCCUGUAAGUUGUAUCCAUAUGGAAAACUUUUUUAUUAUUAAUUUUACGAAAAAAAGUUAUUCUUUAUAAAAAGCUCUGCAUGGUCCAAAACCCAAGAUUCAACCAUCAGAUAUCAAAUUUUAUGAAUGUUAUACGAGGCAUGUCAAAAAGUUUGAAUUUCACUCAAGAGUAAAGUAGCUUUAUUUUUCACAAUAUUGAAAAUUGCUAUUAUGAAAAGUUGUUUGGAAUUAAAAACUAUAUUCUAAUAUGCAAUUACAUCCUUCUAAUUGAAACAUUAUUUUUUUUGAAAAAUUAUGAAUAACAUUAUUUUCAGUUAGGUAUUUCAAUUCUGAUAACUCUUUUAUUAUUAAUUUUACGAAAAAAAGUGAUUCUUUAUAAAAAGUUCUGGAUGGUCUACAACCAUCUUUAUAUCAAAUUUUAUCAAUUUUAUACGAGGUAUGUCAAAAAAAUGAAUUUUGAUCAAGAGUAAAGUACCUUUAUAGUUUAGAAUAUUUCAAUUAGAAGUAUGUAAUUACAUACUGAAACAUAGUUUUUAAUUCUAAAUAACUUUUCAUAAUAGCAAUUUUCGAUAUUGUGAAAAAUAAACGUAUUUUACUCUUGAGCGAAAUUCAUAUUUUUUGACAUACCUCGUAUAAAAUUGAUAAAAUUUGACAUAAGAUAGUUGUAUUUUAGGUUUUAGACCAUGCAGAACUUUUUAUUAGGAAUCACCUUUUCUCGUAAAAUUAAUAAUAAAAGUGUUAUCUGAAUUGAAAUAACUGAAAAUAAUGUUAGUUAUCCAUAAUUAAAAAAAAAAUUCAAUUAGAAGGAUGUAAUUGCAUACUAGAAUAUAGUUUUUAAUUCCAAACAACUUUUCAUAAUAGCAAUUUUCAAUAUUGUGAAAAAAGCUACUUUACUCGUGAGUGAAAUUCCAACUUUCUGACAUACCUCGUAAAAUAUUCAAAAAAUUUGAUAUUUGAUGGUUAAAUCUUGGGUUUUGGACCAUGCAGAGCUUUUUAUGAAGAAUAACUUUUUUUCGUAAAAUUAAUAAUAAAAAAGUGUUCCAUAUGGAUACAACUUAUAGGGACAUACUGUAUAAAGUUACAGCAUUUUAACAUUGUAAAUUUGUGUGUAAGUUGCACCCUUGAAUGCUGAAUAACACUUUCCUGAAAAAAUGGAAGUAGCUGAUAACUGAUUUUAUAAAAACAUUUCUUCUUCUUCCCCUUUAUCAGCAAUUUUACUCAGACAUUGGUAAAUUUAUACCUGUAUGGCAGGUUGUCACUUCUUCUUUUACUGAUUGGAGAUUUAUCUCUUGAUAUUUUGACCAUACAGGUCUUCCUCAUUUGCCUAUGCAUUUAUUCACUUCUUCCGUUUCCAGUAGCCUUUGUAUUGUGUCUUAUUUCUGAUGCAUAAGUCAUUAUUGGUCUUGCUCUGGCUUUAAAGUUAUUUACUUCAUCUCAAUGUUAUGUCAGUUAUCUCAUAUAGUGUGCCGCCUGUAUUAGGGCAUCCUGCUUUUUGUAUUUGAUCUCCCACUAGUCUCUCCAGGUGUCAAUAGAUAGACAGUAUAAUUCCAAGGUAUUUUAUUUCCAUUACUUGUUCAAUACUGAUGCCAUUAAUUUCUAGUUUACAUCUGACUGGUCUUUUCCUGAUUAGUACUUUUUUUGUUUCCUGAGUUGAGAUAGUUAUAUUAAAUUACGAUGAUAGUUAUAUUAAAUUAUGUUAAAUGACAUAAGGGGGAACUAACGAUAUUUUUUUGCCUUUUUUAUUGCCUAGUUUGUAAAUUCGAAGUAAUAAAACGUUUUUUUAGAAUCGACUAUUACGAAACCUUUUAGUAAAAAUAGAAUGAAAAAAUAUACAGCUCUAUCCAUUUUUAGAUUUCCCAUACAAACAAUCCGUUAAUGUGCAUUUUAAGCAUAAAUACCGUAUUAUACUGAUGCAUUUAGUACUUCUUAAUAGACAUCAGACUGAUAUUAGAUAUGUUAAACUACAAGAGGUAAUUUUAUAGUUUAGAGAACCCUGUAUAUAACAAAUUUGUACAUACAGAGUUGUUAACUUACAACGGUGGAGAUAUUUUUCUUUACAGAGCUCUCUAAAGCCGCAGCAAAAGACCAAAAACUAUCAGAGUGAUAUUUUUAAAAGUUCUUUCCUUAACGAAAAUUUAAAAGUCAUAUCGUACGUUUCUUCAGACACCAACAUAUACCUAGAUUGUCACAAAAGGUUUGUUACAGUAAAAAUUAUCACCUACAUGAUGUCUGAACCAUUCGACAAACUUCAAUUUGUAUAAUGUGUUUGUAUACUGCAAAACUGAUUAAAUAAUUAAUUUGCUUGGCUGGUAACACCCUUAUAUUUUGGAGUAGACCUGUAAUUCAAUUGUCUCCUUAUGAAAUACCAAGAAUUGUCAUAUCUGUAUAAUAUUGACAAAGCUAAAUAUCUAACAACAAUCUAAGAGCUAUUUCUUUUUGUCUGCUACUCUUAAUUCAGUUUUUUUGAACUAAAAUAUGCAAUAUUUACAUGAAAUAACUUUUUCAGCCAAAACUUACUGUAAUUAUUAUAUGUUUAUUUUUCCCAUCCGUAUCCAUAUUUAGAAGGAGAUUAUUAAGUUUAUGCAAAAUUUUAUAUAAAUAUGCAAAAUUUCAAAAAAUGGGUCAUUUAUAUAGUUUUAAUCGGUCAGUGGUGACUUACUGAAACAAACGUUAUAGAAACCAUGACUUCUAGAACACUAGCGUCUGUGGUUGAGAUUAUCCAUAUUUUGAUUGAGAUUUAUCCCAAAAAUAUUUAUAUUUACAAAGAAUUGUCAAAAAGUAUGCAAAAUUUCAUAAAUUGAAUGAAAUAUGCAAAGUUCCAUAAUGUCAGUAGUCACUGACGGACAAAUUUAGUGUAUCUAAAAAGUGUAUGCAAACUUUUAUAAAAAUAUGCAAAAUCUCAAUAAUUAGCAUGGAAUAUGCACAUUUUCAAAUUGUCAGAAAUGAUUAGUGGAUGGUGUAUGUACUGUUCUACAGUACUGGUAGAUACACUAAAAAUGUAUGCAAACUUUUAUAAAAAUAUGCAAAAUCUCAAUAAUUAGUAUGGAAUAUGCACAUUUUCAAAUUGUCAGAAAUGAUUAGUGGAUGGUGUAUGUACUGUUCUACAGUACUGAUACGAUACACUAAAAAUGUAUGCAAACUUUUAUAAAAAAUAUGCAAAUUCCCAACUAUUUGCAUGGAAUAUGCACAUUUUCAAAUAUUAGGAAAUAAAAAGAAACUAAAAAAUGUAUGCAAACUUUAAUAAAAAUAUGCAAAAUCUCAAUUAUUAGCAUGGAAUAUGCAAAUUUUCAAAUUGUCAGAAAUGAUUAGUGGAUGGUGUCUGAGCGAAACGGUUUCUGCAAUUUUAAGUGUGAUAGAUGGAGUCAUAAGCGUGUUUGUAAAAAAUAUAAAUAAUUAAAAAAACAGUUCUCAAACGUUAGCCAAAAUUUUUCCAAUUUUUUAGUACUAUACCCUUCCAUUUUUUAAAAUUUGUUAUAUAUUUAUGUACUCUCUUAGUUAACUGGAAUUGUAUAUAUUCACUAUCUUUUUUUAUAUUCACCAUUAGAUUUUACUUUUUACACUUAUUCUCGAGAUCUCUACAAAGCGAAAUAAUUGUGAGUUAAAACGACAUUGUAGUCCAGAGAAAUAAGGUAAAAACAAUUGACAAAAGUCCACAAUUGACAUUUAAUUUUAAGAGAUAUUAUUUUUGUUCCAUUUAUAACAGUUUCUUUAGGAGAAACGGUCGACACUUUUCCAUAUCAAGAUGCUAAGGCCCUUACUUAGCUUUGUGGAGAUCAGCGAGGACUAUAACCAGACCUCUAACAUUCGGAGAUAUUUUAAUAGCAAAUGUAUAUUAGUAUUAAAUAAUUAAUCUGUUAAAAAUCUCGACUGUUAGAGGCCUAAUUUCUAUUAUUUAAGUAUGGUUAAAUAUAAAAAUGAACUGAUAUACCUACCUAACAUUUUGAAAUGAUAAAUGCUUUUAUAAUUGAGAAGAUAAGGGAUACAAUGAAAAUUCGUGUUUAAUUUGUUUUCUUUCUUGAUAGAUCGAAAAAAAAAAUCAAAUAUUUCAAUCGUAAAAUCGUCUGGAUUGGUGCCAAUUAAUAAUUUUGUUUUUCUGGGCACUACUACUAGCUCUGCCCGUUAAAAAUCUGAAUUUCACACCGCCAAUAGGCCUGUUCUUCAUGAGACGAGCGCAUGCGCAGCCGCCAUGUUUUUCGUACAGUUUUGAACAACAUUAGGUUUGUUCGUGCAACGAUCAGCAACCGUUGCCAACUAUCAGACAGUUAGCGAUGCGCAGUUACAUAGCGACCUUUACUUUACAAGCCAUGAAGAGAAAAAGGCAACGUCGCAAUUGAUGACGUCGGUAGUCCGACUCUCGGACUACCGCUUUCGAAACCAAAAUUUUAAAGUACAAAUUCUGGUAAAAUUUAUAGUAUUUUUUGAGUCGAACAGGAAAAUAUAUUAAUUAGAAGUUUGUACAAAAUAAAAUUAAAAGUAAUUCCUGGUAAGUAAAGUUUAUUAUACAAACAAAAAACAAUGACAAGAAUAUGUGUAAAAUAACUUUAUUUUAAAUAAAUAAUAUCUUAUUUUAAAUUAUAUACAAAAUAUCGCUAGAAAUAACUAAUAACAACAAUUGCUCACAUGGUUUGAUGUGCAGUCUUGGGGUUUAGAGUAGGUAACUUUCUUUUUUUGUUAUUCCCCUUAGCAUUAUUUUUCUUUUUAUAUUUUUUGAAGAUUCAUCACUUUGAGGUUGCUAUUUCUGUUUUUUUUUAUAAUUAUUUAAAACACUAUUACACAUAAUUUUUAUAACGGCAGAAUAAACGUCGAAGGCAUUUUCCCCACAUUCACACUCAAAUUCAAAAUUUAAGUGAAAUCCUUCAUGUUGUAAACUUUUCAUUACCAAAGAUGAUAAUAACUUCAGGUGACAAUUGUGCUGCAAAAAUAAUUUUUCAAGAUUGGGACUAUUAAUAAUAAAUUCAAAAGUUGAGCAAAGAUGAUAUUAAAUAAAUUUUACUGAAUCCGUUGCUAAACACAAACCAUCCCUCUACAAAUAAUCAUAGUAAUCUGCUCCAGUUGUUUCUCCUUUACUGCAACCUGGUUGCAACAAUAUUAUCACAGCGGUAUUUUUAGACAAUAAGGCUAUAACAUAUUAAAAAAAUCACUUAAAUCGGCCAACAGGCUUAGGAAAUAUAAGACCAAAUUUUUAAGUGAGCGGAUUUCUAUAUGCACGCAACUUUAUACAGAGUGUCCCAAAAGUAGUGGAACGGUCGAAUAUCUCGCGAACUAAACAUCGGAUCAAAAAACUGAAAAAUACGUGUUCAAUCAUUUUCAAAAAUCUAUCCAAUGACACCAAACACCAACCCCCACUACACCCCCUGGAGGUGGGGUGGAGGGUAACUUUAAAAUCUCAAACGGAAACCCCUAGGUUUUCUUGCAGAUUUGGAUUCGUUACGUAAAAGUAAGCAACUUUUAUUCAAGACAUUUUUUCGAACUGUGGAUAGAUGGCGCUAUAAUUGAGAAAAACGAUUUAUCCGGAUACCAUAGGUAAAUUAUAGAAACGGUCUAAUAUCUCGAGAAAUACACUUCCAAAUGAGAAACCAAAAAAAAAUGUUUUUAAUACUUUUCGAAAACCUAUCGAAUAACGCUAAACAUGACCCUCCAACCCACCCCCUGGAGGUGGGGUGGGGGGUAACUUUAAAAUCUUAAAUAGCAACCCCCACUUUUUAUUACAGAUUCGGAUUCGUCAUGAAAAACUAAGCAACAUUUAUUCGAAACAUUUUUUAGAAUUGUUGACAGAUGGCGCUUUAAUUGGAAAAUACGAUUUAUUAGCGCCAUCUAUCAGCAAUUUUAAAAAAUGUUUCGAAUAAAUGUAGCUUAAUUUUUCAUGACAAAUUCGAAUCUGCAAUAAAAAGUGGGGGUUGCUAUUUAAGAUUUUAAAUUUACCCCCACCCCGUCUCCAGGGGUUGGGUUGGAGGGUCAUUUUUGGUGUUUAUCGAUAGGUUUUCGAAAAAUAUUAGAAACCUGUUUUUUUGGUUUCUCAUUUGGAAGUGUAUUUCUCGAGAUAUUAGACCGUUUCUAUAAUUUACCUAUGGUAUCAGGAUAAAUCGUUUUUCCCAAUUAUAGCGCCAUCUAUCCACAGUUCGAAAAAAUGUCUUAAUAAAAGUUGCUUACUUUUACUCUUCAAAUCUGUAAGAAAAUUUAGGGGUUUCCAUUUGAGAUUUUAAAGUUACCCCCCACCCUACCUCCAGGGGGUGUAGUGGGGGUUGGUGUUUGGUGUCAUUGGAUAGAUUUUUGAAAAUGAUUGAACACGUAUUUUUCAGUUUUUCGAUCCGAUAUUUAGUUCGCGAAAUAUUCGACCGUUCCACUACUUUUGGGACACCCUAUAUAAAAAUAUAUUAUAUUGAACUAAAAUCAUCUUAAUAACAUACCUUUUAAUGUUUUUUAUAAUUUGGAGCACGCAAUAUUGUAAAAUGUUUCAGUUUCUCUGUGAAUACGGUGAAUAUUAUUUAAAAACAAAUCAGAACUGACAGACUUAACCGGUCUACCAUUAGAUGUUGCCAAGUUUCAACGUCAUGGCUUGUUAAGUAAAGGUGGCUAUGGUAGUUAACAGUUAGCGUUCGUAGACUACGAACGCGCAUGCGUCUGGUGGUUGGCAACGGUUGUUGAUCGUUGCACGAACAAAACUAAUAAUUUAAAGCUUAGGCAUCACUACUAAGUAUGUGAUGCGUAACCUCUCCUCGCGUAACCUCUCCUCUCCUAACCUGUCAUGGCCUUUACAAAGAAAACCUUGGAGCAGCUCAGUAUAACCCGAAGAGCGAUGGAGAGGAUAAUGCUAGGGAUUAGUUUGAGAGAGAGGAUUCGAAAUAUCGAUAUUCAUGAAAGAACAAAGAUUACUGAUGUCGCAGAACGUAUAGCAAGGCUCAAGCGGCAAUGGGUCGGGCAUGUUGCCCAAGAUAAUCCCGGAAAAUGGACACAGAAAUUAACAAACUGAAGACCAAGAUAUAACAGGAGAGGAGUAGGCAGACCGCAGAAGAGGUGGACAGAUGAUAUCAAAUAAGUCGCGGGCAAGCAGUGGAUGAGAAUUGCCAAGAGUAGAAAUCGAUGGAACCAAAUGGAAGAGGCCUAUGUCCAGCAGUGGACGAACAUAGGAUGGAGAAGAUAUCACUCUUACAUACUCAAAACUACACCGCUUCUUUGUUCCUUUUCGUACAUAUUAAUCAUUAUAAGCUAAUUAAAAAAAUAUUUGCUAAUUUUUUUAUUUUCAUAUUUCUUUUUUUAAUAACUAGACUUUCUUUGGUUUUUUUAUCAUUAUUAUGUCUUUAGAUCCACUUUAUUGUUAUUUAUAUACUAACUUAGGUUACUACCCCAGCUUCUUUGAUUACAAAAAACUGUACGAAAAAAAAGGCUGACAUUCUUUGUGAUGAAAAGACCUAUGUCCUUCACCGGUUCAGAAGAUUGGUCCAUUGUUAUGUUUUAUCAAGUCGUACUAAUCUAUAUUUUGAUAUUGUAGCUGUAAGUGUAUCUUUAUCCCAGUGACGUACUGUGUUUUUUUUUUGUUAUGGCCCUCAACUAAGUUGGCAUAUUAUAAUGCAAACUUCAUAUAAUUUUGUUACAAAGUGAAGAUAUCUGUCAUUUGAAAUACUAAUGAAGUAUGAACUAAAGUGGCACAACUCAAUAUUUGCAAUUUCACCAAUAUAUACGUUGAUGAAAGUGUUACGUUUGGGAAGUCUUACAGAGAUACCUUCCUCAGAGUUUCCUGGUUCGAAAUAAUAUAAUAGAAGAUAAAUCUCAAUCAUAGGCAUAUACAGUGAGCACGUUUGAGUUGGAAUAAAUUUAUUAUCUCAAUAAUGGACAAAUUUUGAGGGCAAUCCUAACACAGGUCGACUUUUAUAUAUAUCAUACUAGUGACGUCAUCCAUCUGGACGUGAUGACAUAAUUAAUGAUUUUUUUAAGUAAGAGUAGGGGUCGUGUGAUAGCUCAUUUGUAAGGUUAUUUAAUUCUCUAUUUAGGAAUAUAAACAUUAACAUAAUUAUUUAUACACAGGGUGUACAAAAAAAAAUUAUUAAAUUAAUUUACAGAAAAAGUAGAAUGUAAGCAAUUUAUUUAAUUCAAAAUACAUUUUACUGCUCUCAGAAAAACAGGUAAUAAUGUUUAUUUCAUAAAUAAACAUUGCUUCUCGCUUAAAUUCAAUAUUCACCAUGCUAAGAUACAGGUUGGUGACAGUUUUAACAUUGAAUUUAAGCGAAAAGCAAUAUUUAUUUGUCAUAUAAACAUUUAUUUCUGUUUUCUGACAGCACUCAAAUGUAUUUUGAAAUAAAUUAAUUACAUUCUUCUUUUUGUAUCGAUUAAUUUAAUUAAACAAUUUUUUUUUGACAUCCUGUAUAAAUAAUUAUAUUAACGUUUAUACUACUGGAUAGAGAAUUAAAUAAACUUUCAAAUGACCUACCACACAACACCUACUCUCAUUUAAAAAAAUCAUCGACUACGUCAUCACGCCCAGGUGGAUGACGUCACUAGUAUGAUAUAUAUGCCAAAAAGUCAUAAUUUAAAAAUAAAAAUCGACCUGUCUCAGGAUUUCUCUCCAAAUUCGCCCCUUCUCGAGAUAAUUAAUUUAUUCCAACUCAAACGUCCUCACUGUAUAUUAACAUAGACAGAGUGCCAUGUUGAGCAAAGUGACGACGCCAUCUUUUUCUUUGGCUCAAGGCUGUUUUACUCUUACGCAUAGUAAAGCUGCGAUAGUAGUCCUCCCAUUCCUAUACCCCACUUAGUUUCAUGUUAGUGAAACUCCUCUCUCCCACCAAAAACGUCGUUGCUAUAAGUAUUUGACAGAGACACAACGAAAGAUAGAGUCGUUACUUCACUCUACAGACUGCUCAGUCUAUUUAUACAGUGCUAGUCAAAAGUCCGUACCCCCCUCGUAUCUUUUGAACGGUUAGACUCAUAAUAGUGAAAUUUGGAGGGAGGAAAUAAACGGAUGUAGGCGUCUUAACUAGUCAUGACAGGUGACGUAAUAGUGACAGAUGACGUUCCAGCGCCACCAUGGCAGAUAAUUUUAAAUGGGACCUUAUGGUAAGUGGUACCUCGUUUGAAAGGUAUUGAAAAUGCCUAUUCAGUCAUACUAAUUUUGUUUGAGUUUAAGCUAAUUUUGAUGAAUAAAUGAAAUAAUAUAAAAUUGUAGUUUCGCAUUUAUUAAUAAAAAUUCAAACCUCCGCCUAUGAUUACUUGUCAAAAGGGUUGACGUUGACGUAAAAACUAUUAGAGAACUGAAAAACGUGAACUUUUUUGACAAAAAAACCAUAGGCGGACAUUUGAAUUUUUAUUAAUUAAAUGCGAAACUACAAUUUUAUAUUUAUUUCAUUUAUUCACCAAAAUCAAAAUUAGUUUAUAUCCAAAAAAAUUAGUAUGACUGAAUAGGUAUUUUGAAUAUCUUUCAAACGAGGUAUCACUUGCCAUAAGGUACCAUUUAAAAAUUUCUGUCACAGUGGCGCUGUAAAGUCAUCUGUCACUAUUACGUCACCUGUCAUGACUAGUUAAGAAGCCUACGUCCGUUUAUUCCCUCCCUCCAAAUUUCACUAUUAUGUGUAUAACCGUUCAAAAGAUACGAGGGGGGGUACGGACUUUUGACUAGCACUGUAUAUACGUCUAUGUUAGAAGCCCCCUUUAAAUCUGUCGGUUUUAACGUCAUUGCUGAGAUGACAAUAGAGAGAUAUUGUAUAGUCACUUUUGCACUUGCUGUAUUACAGCACGCUUUAUUUUGACAGUAGAGCAUGCGCAGAUGUGAUAUUUGGCUUACGCUGCGUUAUUGGAAAUAGUGCCUGCCGUUAUUAGGGGAGCCGUUAUGCUGUGCGGUAUUCGUUGCGCUAUUUUCUUUUCAGGUUAUGUUUGUUGUUUGUCUUUCAUUUAAACCAAGUUUAUUUGGAAUAAUUUUCUAAAAUGAAUACUUCAGACAGUAGCAAACGAAAGAUUUACAUCUGAUGACGAUUUGUGUUUAUUAAAAUAAGUUUUAGGUCAAAAUUAAUUGACUUGCAGAAAAUUCGACGUUAGUUCAGGAAAACAUGAAGUGUACAAUAGGAUUUUUUUUUAUUUUAAGAACACUCAAGGAUCAAUUGUUUCUCAUGCUCGAUAUUUGUAAGAGAAUUCAAACUUUCCUUCCAUUUAAAUCAAAUUUUUUAUUUUCAGCAUGUAAGAGGUGUAUUAUGUUCAUCGUUCAGAAUGUUAUGCAAGAUGAUAAACUAGAUGUCUUCAUCAUUAGCAUUGGCCAAAAUGAGAGCUUCUAACUAAAUCUUGAUCCAAAAUUGCAUACAAAUUAGACAAACAACUAAUUUAAUCGAGCCGUAAAAAUACCGCCACCAAAAUGUCGAGCAAUACCUGUAUUUAUAACACGUCUGAGAAAUGUCAAUUCUGUCAAAAUAGCGCGGUGUAAAUAGCGCAACGUAGGCUGUGUUAAAUUUGCAAUAUCUCUCUAUUGAGGCAGUAUCGUAUGACUGUUAUUGACACAAUUUUCUUCUUCUUCAGCCUGUUUGUAUCUACUCCUGGACAAAAGGCUCCCAUGAGUUCUCCAUUCUUCUCUGUUUUGUGCUCCCAGUUUGGUGCCAGUUUCUCCCCAUGUUUGCUUUGAUGUCGUCUACCCAUCGUUUUUGUGGUCUUCCUCUACUACGAAUGUGCUUUCGUGGUGUCCAAUGUUUCUCAUACACCUUUCGAUCUCACUUCCACAUAAGUCGAUUGUGAUAUCUUCAUUUGUUCUAUUUAAAUUAAUUUUUAAACAGACUUUUUCAGAUUCUUGUUUAAGUUCCUUUAGCAUAUCUUAAAUGACUUAAAAAUCUGCCAUCAAUUUUAAUUCCACGUUGUUCCCAAUUUAACUUCUUGAACAUCUGGAGCAGACAUCUCCUAAUUCAAGAGUAAAUAAUUUUGGAGAGAUAGUGUCUCCCUGACUAACUCCUCUCUCCGUUCUUAUUUUGUUUGUUGUUAGACCUUCUGAUACAUUUAUUUGCAUAGUUUCAUUGUCGUAUAUGUAUUUUAGAAGUACAUAUUCUAUAUCUGGAAUCAAUCCUUGCGUUAUUCAUUCCUUCUAAUACGGCCCAGAGUUCUAUGGAAUCGAAUGCGUUAUUGUAAUUCACAAAUGCCAAAUGGAGAGGUUCAUUGUAUUCGUUACACUUUUCGAUAAGUGACCUUAUUGUAUGUAGGUGUUCUAUGGUACUAUUCGAGGUGUGCAAGUACUUGGAGGGGAUACGAGAAACGAUCGUGCGCGAACAGCGGAGAAAUAUUGCAACUUUCUUAAAUGAUUCAUAUUGUCAAUUGAAAUUGUCAAAUUGACGUAUAUUUCAUACCUACUGUCAUUGAAGAAGAAAAAUUAUCUAUUGCUCCAAAAUAUUGAUUGAUAUGAUAUGCAAUUAUUAUAUAAAGGUAAAUUUAAUUAAUUGUAUUUUGCCUGCAGUACUCCAUUUUAAUAACUACUAAUUUUAUUUACUACAUACAAUUGUUUACGUUUUAAUAACAUAACCUGAAUCUGACUUUUUCUUCUUAUUAUUUUUUUGGACUAUGGCAGUAACAUCCAGUAACCAGGACUAAUAUAAUUGGCCAAUAUAAUUAAAAGUGCGAAAAAUGUUGCUGAGCGUAGAAACCAGGUGUCGCUUUGCCGAAUUUGCACGGUCCCAAUGGACAUCCUAAGUCUUGACGUCACAAAAUUGGGAGGAGCUUAUAUUUGACUCCAAACAAUUUUGUUUAUAAGGUUAAAUAUUUGUGGUUUUGUGUGACAAAAUAAGACUUUUCAUUUAGGUAUUUAGUAAAAGAAACGUGUCAAUUAAGAGAUUUUUAUUCGUUUUUGGCCAGGUUAGUUAAUUUAAUGCAAUGAUUAGAACGUAAACAGUGUUGAGGUUAUGUUUAUUUUCAACCACUAAGGAAUAAAAACCACCUGAGCAAAAACGAAUAAAAAUCUCUUAAUUAACACGUUUCUUUAACGAAAUACCUAAAUGAAGUCUAAUUUUGACACACAAAGCACAUAAAUGAAAAAUUCCUUAUGGACCAUUUAACGUUACAAACAAGAUUGUUUGGUUGAUUGUUUGGAGUCAAUAUAAGCUCCUCCCAAUUUUAUGACAUUUGUGACGUCAGACUUAGGCUGUCCAUAACCUUUGCGGAAUGCCGCUUGUUCAUUAGGCUGGUAACUAUCGAAUUUAUUUGAUAGUCUGUUACUAAUUAUUUUGUUAAGCAGUUUGUACGGAUGUGGUAACAGGCUUAUUGGUCUGUAAUUUUAGAGUUUGUGUUUAUCUCCUUUCUUGUGUUGUAAAAGUCCUGCGCAUUUUGCCAAGAGGUUGGAAUAGGACCCCCAAAGUGACACUUGUUAAUUAAGAUUUUAACUGCCACCAAAAUAGUUUGACUUCCAGCUGCAAUUAUCUCCUUUGUUAUUUCGUCGUCUUCAGGAGUUUUUCCAUUUUUCAUCUGUUUUAAGGCAGUAUGUUAAAGGGCUUGGCAUAUAUUAUGAGGUAAAAAGACAAAUAAAUGAUUAUUGAUAGGUAAAAACUUGCCUAAUAUUUCAAAUGCUGUAUACGUAUUACUCAGGCUUAAUAGACGGAGAGGCAGCGCUGAAAAAUCUCUUUGAAUUUACUAAAGCUAGAUUUUUCACAGUUGAUUACUGUGAGUGUGUAGAGAAACAUACUGCGGUCGGUCAAGCGAAACGUAGAACAGGGGUUACUGAGAGGGUAUCAAUGUUGCUUUCCUACAAAGGUAAUUAAAUCCAUUUACUAAGGCUGAAAAUCAGUACACACAUUCUAAAUUAAAUAUAAAUAAAAGUUAUUAUAGUCGGUCAGCUGUAUGACGGGACAGAGCCGGUCGGUCGGCCCCAAUAGUCGAUUGAGGAAAUGAAGCAUUUUGGCUCGCAAUUUUUUCGUCCAGCAUGGAUUUACUUGAAAUUUUCACAGAAGGUAGGGAAUAGUCCAAGGAUCAUUUUAUAUAUCAUGCCGCUAUCAUACGCUAAAACCUUGGGGGGUGGUUGCCACCCCAUCUCGGGGGUGGGAAUUUUUUAUUACAUUUUAACCAUGUAUGGAAUUCGAUGGAAAAAGUGAUUCUAAGAAAAAAAUGUUUUUUAUAUUUUCUUCGUAAAACUAAUAUUUUUCGGGUUAUUCGCGCUUGAAAAUAACAGUUUUUCGACGAAAAAAUCGACUUUUUUAGUUUUUUGAGAAUACCUCAAAAAAUAUGCAUUUAAUCAAAAAAAUUAGAUAUCAAAAUUGUAUCUUUUAGUAACACAAACCAAAUUCUUUUCCAAUAAUAUCUUUAAGACCAAUACAAAGCGAGAUACGGUAUGUUAAAAGUUAGCUUUUUUUGUCAAAUGCAUAAUUUGAAAUAUUCAAAGCCAAAUAAUGGAAAAAAUUUGCAUUUUUCGAGGAAAACUUAAAUAAUUUUUUUUCAAGUAUACAAUAAUUAGACGUUUAAAAAAAAUAAUAAAACGUUUUUAGCAUGAAAAUUAAGCGACUUAUAAUAAAAAAAAAUGUCGGUACCUGCUUUUCUCUACGAAAAAAUCAGUGAAAACAACCCCCUAACUACCUUCCUAAUUCAAAAUUGGUCUUCACCUUUCUGUAGUUCCUUUUAUAUUUAUAUUAUCAAUACACUCAAGGAGUUUGACCUAUUUAAAAAUGCCUAAAUUUUGGAAAAAUUGGAGUUUAAAGAAAAAUUGAUUUUUUGUAAUUUGGUAUUUUUCACCUUUUACUUCAAAAUAUGCUUCAUUUCCUCAAUCGACUAUUGGGGUCGACCGACCGGCUCUGUCCCGUCAUAGAGCUGACUAUAAUAACUUUUAUUUAUAUUUAAUUUAGAAUGUGUGUACUGAUUUUCAGCCUUAGUAAAUGGAUUUAAUUACCUUCGUAGGAAAGCAACUUUGAUACCCUCUCAGUAACCUCUGUUCUUCGUUUCGCUUGACCGACCGCAGUAUGUUUCUCUACACACUCAAAAUAAUCAACUGUGAAAAAUCUAGCUUUAGUAAAUUUAAAGAGAUUUUUGAGCGCUGCCUCUUGGUCUAUAAGGAGAAUAGAAAAAUCAAUAUGACUAUAAACAAAGACUGUUUUUUCAUUGAAAAUUGUGUAUAUUUUCUUUCUACUUGAUUUCCUUUAUAAUUAAAAGAAACGGUCAAAUAUUGAGUUGUGCUAUUUUCCCCGGAUCAUCUGAACAUCUGAUCUGUCAUUGACCUCCCCUACCACUCUCGCUAUAUGUUCGUAAAUAAAAAUAAAAGCUUCCAUUUGUUUAUCCUCUUUUUUACUUGAGUGUAUAAUCAGUAGACUAUUUGUAUGAAAUUGAAGUAUGGUUUCAUAAAGAAAUAAGAAAUUUGUAAAAAUUGGUGUACAUGAUAUUUUUUAGACGAUUCGCUUAAAUAUGGAAUAUUGUAAAAAUGAAAUGUUGGUUUUCAACGGGCAUAUCAGGUUGCUGAGAAUCAUUAAUAGACAAUAUUAAAUUAAUUAUUUAUUUAAUGAUACAAUGAAGGAUCAUUAUUUUAAUUGCAAAGUGUUAAAAUUACGUGUAAUCUGUUUAUUAUCAAAUAAAUUGUAUAUUUGUUGUGGA